AUGACACACAGCAAACAGUUCAAGGCCUGUCUUUUCGACAUGGACGGACUUCUCAUCAAUUCUGAGGAUGUGUACACAGAAUCAUUCUCGAAAGUUCUCAGGGAGAAUUUCGGCGUGGAGAGCGGACUUACGUGGGAUGUGAAAGUGCAGCUUCAGGGUUUGCAAGGCCCCAUGGCAUGCCAGGUUGUCGUGGACGCAUAUCAUUUGGGAAAUGUGACAGAUAACAUGGAAAUUCUUAGACUCACAUCCAAAGAGCAGGAAAAGCUCUGGCCCAAGGUUCGAUUUCUACCCGGGGCACUUGAGCUUCUCAAGAAACUACACUCUGAGGGAAUCCCGAUUGCUCUCUGCACGUCUUCCACGACUGAGAAAUUCCACCUGAAGUCCGGACAUCUUCAAGAGGGCUUUAGUCUUUUUGAAGGUAGAAUUAUCACAGGUGACAAUUCGGAAAUAGCCGGAAGGGGAAAACCCCAACCGUAUGUGUGGUGGGCUGGACUCGAGCUCAUAAACAAGGAGCGUGAGACCAACAUUAAGCCGGAGGAAUGCCUUGUGUUCGAGGAUGCAAUUCCGGGUGUUAUAUCGGGGAAAAGAGCCGGAUGCUAUGUUGUCUGGGUUCCGGAUGUUCAUGCAGUCCAAGUUAUGAGCAAAAAGCGAAUUGCCGAGUUGGUUGGAGAGAAUAACCAGCAAGCAAUUCUAUUGGACUCGCUUGAAAAGUUCGAUGCUGGCGAGUACGGACUCUGA